AUGACGCGCAUCUUGGUUACCCUCCUGGCUGCCGCUGCGGCCCUCCAGCCGGCCGUCGCCGCUCCUAUUGCCCAGGGAGCCGGUGAGGGAGGAGUCGCUCCCCCGUCUCACACCCGCGGUCCCCGCCCGACAUGGUCCUUGCCUAGCGGACCCGGCUUCCCUCACCCCACGGGCACCCGACGCCCGCGUCCCCCCCACUCCGGCCUGCCCACCGGGCCUCACUCGUGGCCUCCUAUCCCGACGGGCCCAGCUCACUCUCACCCGCCUAAGCCCACUCACUCGUGGCCUCCUAUCCCGACGGGCCCGGCUCACUCUCACCCGCCUAAGCCCACCGGGCCUCACUCGUGGCCUCCUAUCCCGACGGGCCCGGCUCACUCUCACCCGCCUAAGCCCACCGUUUCCCACGAGGCGCCCCCGGUCAAGCGCGACGACGUGGACCCGACUCCACCGGUGCCCUCCGGCCCGGCACACUCCCAUGGCCCGCACCCUACUGGCCCGCACCCCGGCGGUCCUCACCCGACCGGCCCUCAUCCCAGCUGGCCGCACCCGACCGGUCCCCACCCGACCGGCCCUCAACCCGGCGGUCCUCACCCGACUGGCCCUCACCCUACCUGGCCGCAUCCCAGCGGUCCGCACCCCACGCUCCCUCCUCAUAGCUGGCCGCACCCCACCGGACCUCACUCGCGCCCGCCGCGCCCCACAGGACCUCACUCCCGCCCGCCCAAGCCGACGUCCUCUCCGGCGGCGAAGCCCCCGGCUAAGCGCGACGACGUGGACCCGACCCCGCCGAUUCCCUCCGGCCCGGCCCACUCCCGUCCCCCGCACCCUACCGGCCCUCACCCCAGCGGUCCUCACCCGACCUGGCCGCACCCCAGCGGUCCUCACCCGACCUGGCCGCACCCCAGCGGUCCUCAUCCGACCGGCCCUCACCCGACCUGGCCGCACCCGACCGGUCCCCAUCCCACCUGGCCUCACCCCACCUGGCCCCACCCCACCGGUCCGCUUCCCACCUGGCCUCACCCCGGUGGCCCGCGCCCGACUUCAGCUCCGCCGGCUUAA